AUGCAGGAUGCAUCAGAUGGUCGUGGAGGAACCGAGCCCCACCCUGGGCCCAGUGCUCGCUACGUCUACUAUCGGCUGUAUACUCAAGAGGGACCAAUCACAUCAUACAAUCCUAUCUAUUCCAACAAUCCUUUCAUCAGCCGCAUAAUUCCUAGAUCGGUGCCACCACCGCGAACCGCCGCAUCGCUGAAGAGACAUCUCUGCAAGAUCGAAGGCUUCUCAGCGCCCGAAAGCUGCACCUUGUAUUUAUCUCUCUCGGAAAACGUACCCGUGGACGGUGGUACUCGUCUUUCCCUUCAAGCGGACUUGGGGCCAGGUUUGUCGACAUCUGAUCCGGUGGCUCUUGUUGUUAGUCCCCAGGAAAGUGGAAACCGGUCUCCAGCGUCAGUCGAGACAAGGGCAUUAGGUGAAAUUGGGGAACAGGUUCAAACACAUUAUGUUUAUUACCGCAUUUACGACGAGAACGGUGAAGUCACCUCGAAAAUGUCCUUCAAUACAGAUGAUACCUCGCUGGGCCGCAUCGAGACUCUAUCUGUUCCGCCCCCUCACGCUGUCGCUUCUUUAAAGUCUUGCAUAAUUAAAUCUGAAGGGGUGUCGGCUCAUGACCUUCAAGUCUUUGAGGACGACACGGGCGAAAUUACCAUGAAAGAUGACGAUAUAAUUCCCCUUCUUGCUGACAGCUAUCCAGGUAAUGUGGAAGAGCAACCCAUAGCAAUUGUGUACAAGGAAACUCGAACACCAAACCUUGGGGCUUUUACGAAGAAGUUUAGAUGCAAGUACUCUCAGAGUGUGUGA